AGAACACUCAACCACAGUAUCGUCGGAGUCAAAGGAGACCACAGCUCGCCGAAAGACUUCUCUCCGAGCUGAACCGAUGGAUUCAUUUCACCACAAGCAACACACAGCCUCCAUUUUAUCUUAUGAUGGUACAUAUGAGUCGAAUAUGAAGAGCAAGAUGAACGUGAGACUUGCUGCGUGCGAGCCCUGUCGGCGUUCGAAACUAGCAUGCGGUCACGAAAGACCUGCCUGCACACGGUGCACUGGCCGUGGGCAGCGGAGUCAUUGCGUUUACAGAUCUAGACCCUUUCGGAGAAGAGUAACGAGAACGCAAGUCCAAGAGACGGAAAGCCUCAUGUCAGUUGGGCCGACAGAGACCAUUGCAACGGUGACCUCCUCGACACCUCAGUCUCCAGCUGAUGCCCCGUCACCCAGUACAGGAACACCGACAGCAUCGACGCAGCCAUAUCGCUAUCCCAACCCUGGCUUCCUCGGGGUCUCAAGCCACUCUACCAUCUUCAACCAUGUCUUCUCCGGCGAUGGUUUUAGGCCUCCUUCUGAUGCAGACCUGACUCCACAGCCCAGUUUAGCAUCGCCAAUAGAUCUAGUUGGCAACCAGGUUGUCAUGGAUAAGGCGAUGCAUGCGCUGUCGCGUCUGGAGAAGAUGGACAUCUCCAAAGUCACACCUCUAGUGCGUUCUUGGCUCGAAAGGGGAGUGAACUUGCCUUUGGCUGGACCUAUCGUCAUUGAGUGCUUAUGGUCCUUGGAACAUUGGAGAGAAGUCCUUACUCCGACGACUGAUAUUUCUGGAGAGAGUGGUGGCUCCAGCUCUGGAAUCACAAGCGCUGGCUAUGUGGCAACUCUGUUGACCAACACACUGCGGCCUUUUGCCUUGAGUUCUCAUUCAACGCGGCAAGACUUCCUGGCCCAGAUGGUCGGGUCCAGUUUGAGGUGGGAGACGUUGGGUAUCUUCUUUCGGCGAAGACUGAUGCAGGCAUUAACUUACAUCGGUGACUAUUGCCUGGAGACAAGCCUAUCCCUCGAUUGUCUUAAUGAUCUACAGUUGAUCCUCCAAUAUGAAAACUUCAUCGUUCAUUCACAUCUAGAUGGUGAUCAGAGCUACCAUUCAUGGAGACGAAUUGGAGAUCUUGCAAGUUCGCUCUUCGCACUAGGCUACCACGAGAAGAUCGAGAGGUGUAAUCCGAACCUCCCUUCUUUUAUCAUUGAGCUGCGAAAGGCUUGCUUUUGUCGAAUUUACACAGCCGAUAAGGGCUUAGCAGUGUUUCUUGGACGACCUCCGCGAAUAGUGAAGGACUACUGCCAAUUCCAAAUACCCAAAGUGCACAAUGGAUGGAUUGAAGACGAAGUUGACGUGAGAGUGGCACAUCUUGAGCCCAUUAAUUACAACGCCGAUACACGAUGUGUUGCGCGAUUUGCACUUCUGAAGGAAGAGGUGCUUCAACUUUUGAGGAGAAAGAAUAUGACGGAUGUCACGAAAAACAUCAGGGAGUUCCGCGAAAAGGUUGAAGCACUGUGGCAAAAUUUGCCAGGUCAUUUCAGGCUCGGUUCGAGCCUCCGAGAGUGUCAACAAAGCCCUUUUGGAAGAGACUUCUUGGCCCAUAUCAGGCUAGACUAUCUGCACAACCUGUUCCUUCUGGGGCUCGUUUCACAACAGCCUAUCUCCGAGCCCAACGACGAACUAUUGAAGGUUGCGAUAGAAAUGCUUUCCAUUGUGGUUGAGGUCAUUCUACUACGCGAUCAGCUAGUAAACUCCGGGACAUGCCUCAUCUGGAAAGUUGCGCAAUACGGACUCCCCGCCGCGGGAGUAAUUUCACUAGCAUUAUUGAAGGAAAAUGCUGCUUCAGAUGUUUUUCUGCACUCGAGGUCCAAGAUGAUCCAAGACCUCAGUGUCUUGGUUGCCGAGACUAGGACCGGAGCUUGGAUUCAGGCCGGCGAACCGAAUUUCGCAUUAUUUACCCGAGCAACUGGGACAAUCCAGACAAUGCUUGACUCUUUGCUCGCUACAAGACCAUCUGCGGAACAAGUUCAAACGACAAACGUUACUACUCUGGAAGUUUGGGAGCCUUAUUCUAAUCACCAGCUUUGGGAUUUUGAGAUGGAGUUCUGGUCUAAUCUCGCAGAACACCCCACUCUGCUUGCUUGAUAGAUCUGGUUGAAGAAGCAAGUCGAAGUUACUGCUUCUCACGAAUAAGUUUGCUUGCACGCUUCGGAACGGAAACACGAAGAAGAACAAAUAGAAUGAUCACGCAACUUGAUGCUUUG